GUCAGCUAUAAGAGACAAAUCUCAGUAGGGAUUUGGUGAGAGGAACAGACGCACAAUGCAGCCCCUCUCUCUGCUGUUACUGGCCACUGUUGGAAUACUGCUCACCCUCAGAGCUAAUGCAGAUGAUGUCCUGUGUUUCGCUGAGGUUAACGAGGAGACCGGACAGUGUGGCGAUUACCUUGGAGACGGAGUGCCGGAACAAGAUUGCUGCCUGAACAUUAAAUAUGGCUUCAAGCGGGACAGCAAGUCUGCGUGCCAGGCCUGCCGGCCUGCCAAGUGGGGCCCGUGGGGUGAAUGGUCGCCGUGUACAGUGUCUUGUAUGGAAGGGAUUCAGCAGCGGCGCAGAGUCUGCAUAGGGCAGGGGAACUGUGCGGGACAAGAUCUGGAAAUUCGCUCCUGCUCUCUACAAGACUGCUGCCCGAGACAAGGCGGCUGGUCAGAGUGGGCCUCAUGGUCUCAGUGUUCCGUCACUUGUGGGAUCGGUCAAAGGCAACGGACCAGACAGUGUGACAAUCCACCACCGCUCUGCGGAAGCGGUUGCAGUGGUGUCCAGCAACAGACGGAAGACUGCAAUACUUUAACAGUCUGCCCUACUCAUGGUUCUUGGGGUAACUGGGGAGCUUGGGGCAAAUGUUCAUCCAGCUGCACCAUAGAAGGUUCUGGGAUUUUUCCAGUUCAGUCCCGUUUUCGACUGUGUAACGACCCCCUACCUUCCACCAAGCCGCUGGGGAGGCCCUGUGAGGGAAGUGACCGAGACACCAGGGAUUGCAGCAGCGUACCGUUUUGUCCAGUUCACGGAGGAUGGGGGUCCUGGCAGAAAGACUCGGAGUGUUCGGUCACCUGUGGCGUGGGACGGACAACAGAAAAGAGGUCUUGCGAUAACCCAGCCCCCCGCUACGGAGGAAAACCUUGUGACGGACCUCCAAACAGACAGAACAUCUGCAAUACAAAGAAGCCGUGUCCCGUUAAUGGAGAGUGGACGGAGUGGGAGCCAUGGUCACCAUGCAGCCGCCUGACAGAAGAAAUUAAUUGUCUGAAUAAAGCAGGAAAUCAGAAAAGAACCCGCGAAUGUGUGGGGACAAGUCAUGACGGAGAGUGGUGCCCAGGAGACUACAGGCAAAGCCGGGGUUGCUAUGAUAUGGAAAAAUGUUUUCUUAAAGGCAGCUGGUCGGAAUGGAGUGAGUGGGGACUCUGUUCAGCUACGUGUGGACACUCUGAGAAAUCAAGAUUCAGGGAGUGCGUUCCGAAGUAUCCGGAUUGGCCGCUCAUCGUUGAUGGAGCAAUUAAGGCUGUGGAAGUUGUUUUCUCAGGAACUCCCAGAACCAGAUGUCAGGCAAUCGAUGGGCAAACUUUGAAGGUGGAGGAGAAAACAGAGUGUAAAAAUGUUCCAUCGUGCUAAUGAGGUGGGAGAUGAAUGAUUUCUCUGCUUCUUUGAUGUUAUCAUAACGAAAUGUGAUUAUCUGUGUCAGCGUCAUCAUCAUCCCUUUCCAUUCUCACGCACCAGUAAUCCGAGGAAAAACCAUGUUGUGCAAAUGAUAAGCUAAUAUGUG